AUGUCCCCGGGACAAAACAGCAUGAUGGCCACGGCAACCAUAGCCUCCACGGACAUGGGGCUUCUGCUGAGAGAUGAUGUUUUUGUCGACUUUUUCAACACAUUUCUGAAUCUUCCCGUUUUUGGCCAGACACCCAUUUACAUCAGCAGCACGGGCCGGUGGGACCUCUGGCCAGAGCUGCCGAGCCACCUGGAUCCCAGCCCCCCGGUUUUACUGGCGUGGCUGGAAAAGCACCGUCUGCCUCACUUCUGCAAAUCCAGCUUGUGCCUCCACUUCGUCCUCUGCCAGAAGCUCCUGGGUUUCAUUCGGUCGGGGGAAGCAGCAAAACUGCUGAACUGGCAAAGUGCCGACCAGUGGCUGCUGGAGAAGUUCAUCAGUGGGACCCAGGGCAUGUGGCAUUUUCGGGCCUUCAUCCAAGGAAUGGCAGGGGAAGAACUGACCAACUUCUGGCUCACCACUGAAAGGCUCCUGGGGCUUGAUGAGUCAGAUGCAAGGCAGAGGGACCUCUACCUGUCCUUGUUCCACAGACUGAAAGCCACUCACCUGCGUGAAGGCUCCAGCAUCGUCACUCUCUGCAGUACCAUGGUUGGGUUGCUGCCAAAAGCCAAGCACGUUCAGCCCACCAGCACCAGGAGGGAGACCCUAAGCAAGAUGCAGGAACGAGCCCUCUUUAUGAUUCAGAGUUACUGGCUCCCUAAAUUUUUCAUCCACUGCAAGAAGGGCAUGGAAGAAGAUCAGUCAUGCUGGCCUCUGCUGCAGGAGUAUCAGGAGCGUUUAUUAUGGGCCAACUCACAGGAGCCCUCAGGCUUUUCAGAGAGUCUCUUCAUGAUGCAUAUUAAAAGGAGCCAGGGUUUGUCAGGGCCCUACUGCAGCAAGAAGGCCAAAGCGGAGAUCUGGACUGUGGCCAAGGAGGGAAGAGACACCCAAGAAAUGAAGAUGUCCAGUUUUUGGGUGCAACCAGAAAGGCAGCUGGGACCAGUUGGGAGCACAAAGGAAUCACAUCUGGAUAAGGAUGCUUUGGGACCAAUUCCUCCACAGUCAGAGCAUACUGCAAAAACUGCGUUUGGAGGAAAAGGAGGAGCAACCUCUCCCGAAAGACCUAGACCCAAUGCAGAGCAGGUCCUUCAUCUGGAAGACCUCUGUGAAGAGAAAGUCCUCUCUAACCUGUCUUCCUCUACACCCCUUGUCCAGCUGCCAUCCCUGAAAGAGCCAGUUAAGACCUUGUGUUUCCUUCCCUGGGCACUUAGCGCUGAGUCCUGUGCAGGACGGCCCUUCAGGGACUUUUUAGAGCGCCAGAACCGCUCCAUGGAGACUCUUCUCCUGGACCUGUGGCAUGACCUGGAGGAAUUUCUGCCUGUGGGGCUGGACCCCCGCAGAGAAAACAGUUUCUUCCUACGUCAUUUGAUUGGGGAGAAGAUAUGCAAGACCUAUCUGGAGGAGGGCACUAUUCAUCAGCUUCCCCUGGAGGCCAGGACUCUCAGAAGCUUGCGGUACCAUCUGAUGUCUGGAGAAUUCUCCCCCUGGAUAUUCAGAGCCCAGAAGGAGAUUUGCAAGGUGCUCUGCUUCUUCUACGAAGAAUUUCUGGCUGAUGAUGACAGGACGUUCCUCCAGUUCAUGUCUCCACAGCGUGAUGUCCCAAAGCCUGAGACACAAGGCCAUGCUGUUAGGAAAAAUGAAUGUUUCCUCCUGUCCCAGCGGAUAAAUGCAUCCUUGAAGCUGAGCCAGGCCUUGCAUGGCACAAGGAAUUUGGAAGGUCUCUCCUCCGAGCACUGGCAACUAAUUGCCACUUGGGACAUCCAGAGAGGUGGCUCCAUCCAGUCAGAUGUGGAACCUCUCCUGUGCAGGACUGAUGCAGGAUCCCAGAAGUGGAUAUCAAAUAAGGCGGCUGUUCAGAAACCCUUGCUGGCUGGGCAUGGCCCAAACACAGAAAAUGAGCUUGUGUGUCUCAAAAGCCCAUCAGCUGCUGCUGAACGUAAGAAAAUAAAGACGACAACCACUCCUCCCGUGAGCAAAAAGGAAUCAAGCACCAUGAAGUCCAUCACUGUUUCAGCAGAGAAGCUGCCUAGAAGACCCAGGCACUUUGUGAAAGUCCUGCACAACCCUGUCCACCUGCAGUACUUCAAGCAGUUCCUCGAGGAGCACAGUGCAGAUGAACCGCUGCGCUUCUGGAUGGCUGUGGAGAAGCUAGCUUCCGAGACCAACUCCAAGGCAAAGAGCAUCCUUGUUAACAACAUUGUCAAAACUUAUUUCCGUGGCAAAAUCCCAGCUGAGGAGCGGCUGGACUGCCACUCUGCAAUCAUCAAAGAAAUAAGUGAGGCCAAAGUAGUCAGUCCCUUCAUGUUGAUGACAGCACAAAUCUUUGUCGAGAAGGCAAUGGAAAAACGAUGGUUUAAGGAGUACCAGGACCUGUUGCCCCCAAGUGAUACACCUAAGUUUAGCCUUCAUUUGCAGUAUAAAAUGAGGGACUUCAAGACAAGCAAGCUGCGGUCUGCCUGGUAUGGCAUUCGCGACAUUGUCAGAAGCAUCUGCAAAUUCCGGAAAGAGAUGUACAAUGACAAACGCCGUGCAGAGUUUGAGGACUUUCUCCGGCAUGAGCUACGAGAUGAGGAGGAAAACUCGCCCAUCAGCUCGAAGCACAGCAGCAGUGGGAGCAGCUCCCAAUCCCGCACGGCCUCUCUCAGCAGCCUGCCGGACAAGGAGAUGGUACUAGUGAGACGUCGCCUGUUUAGUAGACAGCUCAUCACCAUCAACUUCCUUGUCAACGACCUCCACUUCUAUCUGGAGAUUGACAAGUUUUCCAAGCUGGCUGAUUCACUUGACGCUCUGGCAGAUCACAACAUGCAACCAGAAAAGGAAGUUGCCUUUCUCAAAAAGAAAGUUGCCAUAAUCAACAAAGUCUUCCUGAACUCUGAUAUUCCCCCCAAAUUGCGGGUAAACAUUCCUCAAGACAACAGAGAUCUCAUCUGGAGUUUAGCUUCCAAGGGGCUACUGAAUCGUGUCCUCUACCAUAAGGCCAAGGUCACUAUCUUCCCCAUCCUGAUGUACUACUGGAGAAGGUACUGCAUCUGGAAGGUGAUGAGGAGCUUUCAGGUCCCCAGGAAGGACAGGGUGUCCGUCUCUUCAACCAGCAGAAAAGUCUCUGAAUCAUCUGACAACUACAAUCCAAAGGCCCAGAUCACGCCGCCGCAGCCCCAGGAGAAACCACAGCCACCGGAGGGGCGCAAAGGUUUAGGUAAAAACCUUGAGAAGAGGCUCUCACUCAGAAAGCCUGCCUCCUGUCCUGCAGAGCAGGCACCGAGGGAAAGACGGAUGUCCAAGAAAGAACAGACCUCCCAACACACCAUCCAUCCCAAGCAGGACAGGGCUGUGCUCCAAGGAAGCUGAGCAGCCCAGACACCUUGCAGAGUUUGCAGACAUAAAAAUAGACUUAAAAAUAAAGCAACUCACAGCAUCCUCCAGCUUGCCUGGUAACACAGCACAGCAGCUUGCAUGUCUGCAACUUUCAAAAGGAUGUGUAGUGAUGUGCAUUUCCACAUGAGAAUAUACCCUUGUCCACACAACAGCCUCCUUCCUCACAUGUCUGUAAGAGUCUGCAUUGCCCAUAGCUGGGACCCAGUAACAGUGAAUAAAUCACACAGGCUGCACGGCAACCCACCACCUUUGAGGUCUUUCCCAAGACAUUUAGAAGGUGCUUAAAGCAAAAAGAAACCACAGUAAAUACUUUGCCCAAGGAAGG